GAGAGAGAGAGAGAAAAGUGCGCCUGCUCUGUCGCCGCCGCCGCUUCAGGGGAGGAGAGCCGCUUAUUCUGCCGCUGAAUGAGGGACGAAACGGACGGAAGGAUGAACAGACCGAGAGACGGGUUACUGAAUGAAUGAACGGAUCCAGACCGCGGCUUCUACCACCGAACUUCACCGAAACACGGAUUUUGGUCACCUCACGCCAAGCUGACCCGUGGAGCCCAACAGAGUCCAGUGAAGGCCUGGCUGCAUCAGCACCAACUGCAGCAGCCAUGACUCUCAGCUCGCCUCGCCUCCCUUCCCUCCUCUUCCUCCUCCCCGCAUUUCUACUCCUGUCCUGCCCUGGAUCGGUGCGGGCGGGUUCUGAAAACUGUUCAGCUGUUGGAGACGCCUGUCAGGAAGGAGUGGUGCUGCCCGUGUGGAACCCUCAGAACCCGUCCGUAGGGGACAAAGUGGCACGCGCCAUCGUCUACUUUGUGGCGCUCAUCUACAUGUUCCUGGGAAUGAGCAUCAUAGCGGACAGGUUUAUGUCAUCCAUAGAGGUUAUAACCUCCCAGGAGAAAGAGAUCACCAUCAAGAGGCCAAAUGGAGAGACCACCACUGCCACAGUCAGGAUCUGGAACGAGACUGUUUCGAAUCUCACUCUAAUGGCCUUGGGCUCCAGUGCCCCUGAGAUACUGCUGUCUGUUAUUGAGGUGUGCGGCCACAAUUUCGAGGCUGGCUCCCUGGGUCCCAGCACCAUCGUGGGCAGCGCCGCCUUCAACAUGUUCGUCAUCAUCGCCCUGUGUGUGUAUGUGGUCCCCGACGGAGAAACGCGCAAAAUCAAACACCUCCGGGUGUUUUUCGUCACGGCAGCGUGGAGCAUCUUUGCUUAUAUCUGGCUCUACCUAAUUCUCAGUGUCUUCUCACCUGGAGAGGUGGAGGUAUGGGAGGCCGUGCUGACCUUCCUCUGCUUCCCCUUGUGUGUGGUCCAAGCUUGGGUGGCCGACCGCCGGCUCCUCUUCUACAAGUACGUCCGGAAGCGUUACCGUGCCGACAAGACCCGCGGCAUCAUCAUUGAAACGGAGGGAGGGGCGGAUGGAGGGCUGGGAGGGAUGGAUGGAGGGGGGGGAGCACUGGGACUGGGUGGGUUCACCAAGAUGGACAUGCUGGAGCUGGACGGACAGAUGGCGUUGAACUGUCACAGUGGGAUGGACGGAGGGAUGAUGGAGGAAGGAGGAGCCAAGGACGAGGAGGACGAGGCCAGGAGGGACAUGGCGAGGACGCUGAAGGAGCUGAAGCAGAGGCAUCCGGAAAAGGACAUGGAGCAGCUGAUUGAGAUGGCCAAUUAUCAGGUCCUGAUGCAGCAGCAGAAGAGCAGAGCAUUCUACCGUAUCCAAGCGACCAGGAUGAUGAUCGGCGCCGGCAAUAUCCUGAAGAAGCACGCCGCCGACCAAGCUCGCAAGGUGGUGAGCAGCCAUGAGACCCAGGCCCAGGAGGACGACCCUCACACCAUCAAGAUGGAGUUUGAACCGUCUCUGUACCAGUGCUUCGAAAACUGUGGCUCCCUGAAACUGACCGUUUCCAGACACGGAGGGGAUCCUGGAGCUACCGUCAAGGUGGAUUAUCGCACAGAGGACGGCACGGCCAACGCAGGUUCGGAUUACGAGUUCGCAGAGGGAACUCUGCUGUUCAAGCCGGGGGAGACGCUCAAAGAAAUCACAGUCGGGGUAAUUGAUGAUGACAUCUUUGAGGAAGAUGAGUAUUUCUACGUCCAUCUCAGCAACCCUCGGGUGGUUGGGUACCCAGAAGUGGGCCCCGCCCCCCUGGACGCCAGUACCACCCCCAAAGCUGUACUGGGAGACAACCACACUGCCACCGUGACCAUCUAUGACGAUGAUCAUGCAGGCAUCUUUACCUUCGAGAGUGCCAGUCAGCGGGUGAGCGAGAGCGUCGGCGUGAUGGAGGUCAAGGUUCUCCGAACGUCCGGGGCCCGAGGCCUGGUGGCCGUCCCCUACCGGACCCUGGAUGGCACGGCCAAAGGGGGCGAGGACUACGAGCUGGCGGCCGGAAAGCUGGAGUUUCAGAACGAUGAGACCAUGAAGAUAAUUGAGGUGAAGAUUAUCGAUGAUGAAGAGUAUGAGAAGAACAAGACCUUCACAAUCGAGCUCGGAGAACCGGUUCUGCUGGAGAUAGGACAGAAACACGGUGACUCCAACGAGAACAAGCCUCUGGUGGGAGCAGAGGAGGAAGAGGUGGCCAAGAUGGGCUGUCCCAGCCUGGGCGAGCACACGCAGCUGGAGGUGGUCAUCGAGGAGUCCUACGAGUUCAAGAAAGCAGUGAACACCCUCCUCUGGGGGUCUGAAAAGAGCACAGUAGACAAGCUGAUCAAGAAGACAAACCUGGCCCUGGUGGUGGGGAGCAGCAGCUGGAGGGAGCAGUUUGUGAGCGCUGUGACCGUGAGCGCAGGAGACGACGAUGAGGAGGAGAGCGGUGAGGAGCGCCUGCCCUCCUGCUUUGACUACAUCAUGCACUUCCUCACCGUCUUCUGGAAGGUUCUGUUCGCCUUCGUGCCGCCCACCGAGUACUGGAACGGCUGGGCCUGCUUCAUCGUGUCCAUAUCGCUCAUCGGCGUGCUGACGGCCGUCACCGGGGACCUGGCGUCUCACUUCGGCUGCACUGUGGGCCUGAAGGACUCGGUGACGGCCGUGGUGUUCGUGGCGCUGGGCACAUCGGUGCCAGACACGUUCGCCAGCAAGGUGGCCGCCAUCCAGGACCAGUACGCCGACGCCUCCAUCGGCAACGUCACGGGCUCCAACGCCGUCAACGUGUUCCUGGGCAUCGGCGUGGCCUGGACCAUCGCCGCCAUCGCCUGGCGCUCCAAAGGCGAGCCCUUCAGGGUGGACCCGGGCAACCUGGCCUUCUCCGUCACCCUCUUCACCAUCCUGGCCGUGGUGAGCGUGCUCACGCUGCUGUACCGGCGGCGGGCCACGGUGGCCGGCGGCGAGCUGGGCGGCCCGCGGACUUGCAAGCUGCUGACGUCGCUGAUGUUCAUCUCGCUGUGGCUGAUCUACAUCCUGCUGGCGUCUAUGGAGGCCUACUGCCAUAUACCCGGGUUCUGAGAGAGAGAGAGAGAGAGAGGGGGGGGGCGAGAGAGACCCACUGUCAGCGUGGACAGAGGAAACUAGAGGGGGAUCCAUGCGCAGGGUUAUCACGGAUUUGACACAUCUUCAGUUUUCAAGUGCAAAAUAUACAUUUCAGAUUCACAGUGAAACACGAAACCUCCCCAGUGAUGUCAAAACAAGGCUUCAGCUGCUCAGCCCACUGUCUAGUAGGUGAUGAACAUACAUACAUAAGGCAGAGAUAAGAGCGUGUUGUCGAUGGGAGGACUAGAGAAGAAGACGGCCACUAAUGUCCUCCCUACUCUCACUUCACCUGCAUCUCGUCGUCUCGGGACCAGUGGAGCCUCCCAUUAAACCCAGUGGACUAUCUAAUACUGAGUGACUUAUGACUUUCACCCCUUUCCCCUCUAAGCCGUACACACACACACACACACACACACACACACACACACACACACACACCUCGGGGCCCUCAGGUGAUUCUGCAGGUGAGAUCAACACUGACAACCUCUUUAUUGCUUCUCUUCUUAAAAACACUGUGCGCAAUGAUUGAUUCGACUCCGAGCCACACACACGUACACACUGUACAGAGCCCCCCACACCACCCCCCAAACCCCCCCUCCGCCAUAGGAAUUGUCUUAGAGUUGUGAUGAUGAAACGCAGUAGUCGACAGCCACCAACACCUUUUUCUGGUUGAGCCGGUUCCAGACCCUCUGUCCUUGUAACCAACAAACACUCAUUCACCCCAUGAAGGAAAAUGAACCCUGCCCCCGUUUUACUCGACUUUUCAAUGGCGUUGCGUGUUGAUGUUGUUACCGUGCAAUUGUAAAAACAGAAAAAGACAUGUACUGUAAAUACAGUAAGGUGGAUAACGGCUGAGGAGCGCUGGGACGAGUGGGAUGAUGGGUUGGUCCAAAAAGUGCAAUGGAGCAGCGUUCCCCCUGUGAGAUUCACUGUUUACACCCAAAGGAUUCGCUAAAUGUGAACAACUCGAGCCGAGCGAGAAAUGAGGUCACGUCAACAAGCGGGAAGGAACAAUGAGAGAGGACGAGACCGGCUGUGACCGUGACGACUGGAGAUGAUGACAGCGUCGUCGUCGACAAAUCAAAACUCUGACCACAGCCAGUGUUUCUAACUGUACAUGAUCAUAUGAGACGUUUUUAUUUGUGUGUGUGCAAAAAAAAACGCUGAUAUUCAAUAAAUGUGAAGUCCCCGUCUUUGUGAGGAGGAGGAGGAGGAGGAGGAGGAGGAGACCCACGUGGCCCUGUACCUGGACACGGGGACGGAAGCGUUGAACACAGAGCGAAAAAUGUGUUGAAAAAUGCCACGUGUCUCCGUUCAAUAGGAUGACGCGGAUGGCUUCACAGUUUAGCUCGUCCCACCUCAAACCCCCACUGCAGCUGUGCAUGCGUCGCGUGCCGCGCACACGGUGAACACACGUCCGCCGUUCGCCUGGUCCCCGUCGGAGAGCGCGUGGAGGUCGACGCCCCUGCCUUGCUCCAGGGCCGGAGCGGAGCGGCACAGCAGGCGGAGCACGCGGCCCGUCAGGGCGCAUCACUGUUGACACCGGCAGUUUGCUCCUCAACCACCCGCGAUGAUGUAAUAAUAAUAAUAGACCCCCCCCCAACCUACUGUACCACACAUAUGAGACAGCAGUAGGGCUGAGUUGUACCAGGUCUGUGUUAAUGAUAACUACAGUGACCUGUGACCUCAUCCAGCUCCAGCGCUAUGACUCACCUCCCUGACGGUUCCUCUGUCUCCAUAUGUCAACUUGACCCGUUGGUUUUAGGUCGCUGCAGGAGCGACGCCGCAGACAGAGGUCGCCGGGCGUCUCCAGCGCCGCCGCCGCCGCUCGCACGGCUCCUGGACGCCGGCCGGCCCCACGGCCGCUUUUCUCAAUGACUCAAUGAGCCGUUGCCAGUUUAAGAAUGAGUGGGCAGGAUGGAAGGGCCGCUGACGCCACGGAGCACGAGCGCAGCGGGACGGAUUUAGAAAUGUGGGCUUUUUAAAGGUUGAUAAGCUUCGCUGGAGGACGUCUGAGUGUGUGAGCGCGUGGAAAAAAAAUGCAACCAUAUUUUUAGUCUCUCGCCUGUUGCUUAGCGACCAUCCACAUCCAUCUCCAAGCCGUUGUCUUCUUGACUGUUGCUCUGUGUGUGUGUGUGUGUGUGUGUGUGUGUGUGUGUGUGUGUGUGUGUGUGUGUGUGUGUGUGUACAUGUGUAUUUGUGUCUUCGUGUGUGUCAGGUGUUGUUCUAAUCUCCUUAUCACCCUGUGCGUCCCUCGCUGAGUCUCCUAGGCCAGAUUAAUGAAUAGGAAUGCCAACCUGACCCACUGUCAGAAGCCUGGAAAUUGGAUCCCCACCCCCCCUCCUCAUCCCCGGUGUGUGUGUGUGUGUGUGUGUGUGUGUGUGUGUGUGUGUGUGUGUGUGUGUGUGUGUGUGUGUGUGUGUGUGUGUGUGUGUGUGUGUACCUGUCAAAUAACAUUAGAUAUAUAAUCGAUCUGACUGUCGAUCAGGGCUGGGAAUGGAGUGUGGCACAAGUGUGUGUGUGUGUGUGUGUGUGUGUGUGUGUGUGUGUGUGUGUGUGUGUGUGUGUGUGUGUGUGUGUGUGUGUGUGUGCAGGGCUGUUGACUCCUCAUUAUCUGACUGGAUUAGGUUACGUGACAACAAGCAAGCAGCAGGUCAGAUCUAUAAGUGACUGUCAUGAGGGCUUGAGAACAGACACAACUACAACCACAACACAAUACAAUAAUUCGGUGUAAAUCUUGUCACUGCUGCUUCUCCUCUGACAUUUACUGACAGUGUUAUCACGUAAUGUUUUAUUAUUGUUCAGACCUUGUGCUUUGAAGCACUUUAAUCCUGUUACUCUUUUCCUGUAUAUGCAACUUUGAACAUCAACAGCAGUGGUUUGUGGUUCACAGUGUCUAAUAUUCUCUGCUCAGAUGUGACUGCUGAGGGCGACUGAAGGAGGAGUUGAUGUUACUUUCCCCACUCUCUGCUCUUUGUAAUGACGUGAAGUCUGUUUGGCCUUUCACGUCGCUGCGUGUGAUUGGCUGAGGCUGCGGCCAAUCACUUCGCUCGCUCUGUCCUUCUUGACUCUUUGCUCAGUGUUGCUGGUUAUUGGCCUCUAGCAACACUUUAAUCAACUAGAUAUUCUCGUUCGGUCGUCUUUGUUUUAAUGCUGACACGUGUUUGCUUCCAAAUUACUUCUUUUUGAAUGAUUCAUACUGUAUCUCACAUUUUGUAACAUCUUAGCAAAACACUUUCCCAAUGACUUUGACCUGAACUGCCACCCAGUGAUGAAGUAAAGUCUUCAGUGAUGUUAUGAUUUACUAAAUGUUGACAUACACUUAAUGUGUGUGUGUGUGAUUUUGACCUGUGUUCAUCAGCCACUCAUUUUUUUCUCCAUAUCUCUGUUAUUAUUAACCACUUUGGUACUGUGUUUACCUCUCUCUCUCUCUCGCUCUCUCUCUCUUUAUAUACUGUAUAUAUAGAUAUAUAUAUCUAUAUAUAUUCUCAUAUAUAUCAUGCCACCCUAUUUAUGAGAUCACAAAGUGCUUUUAAUAUAAAUGUGGUUCUAUAUUUUAUUUGUUAUACUAUUGUUUUACUUUGUUGCAUUUGUUUUUACUGUUUGUGUUGUUCUUGGUUAAUUGUUUUGUAAGAAAAAAAGUCCCCUGAGAGUAGAACAGCAAAUUAGCAUCUAAAUGUAAUGAGUGUGUGUGUGUGUGUGUGUGUGUGUGUGUGUGUGUGUGUGUGUGUGUAAUGGGUUGACUCACGUAUAUUGAUAUCAUUCCGUCCAUGGGUGUGUUGACGCAUGAAAUAAACCAAUUCUGGAUCGUUGGGAUGUUGUUGGAAAUGUAGUAGAUUUUUAAAUGCUGAAAAUGACAGUACAUGAACAAUGAUAUAGAUGUUUACAAAGUCCAGACGUUUUUGUUUUAUUUUUCCCUCAAAGACAAAAUAAAACUUGACUGGCAAAUGCUG